GCAGAUUGUAUCUGAAUUGCUGAUGGCCAACGCGAUUAGACUGUGGAGUGAAAAUCGUGUGCAUUUCCCUCCUUGCUGUGUGUUUCAAAUGGCCGGAAGGGGCUAAGGUAAAAGCAUACACUGUGCAGUUUCGCACGGUUAUUGCAAUUGGUUUUCUAGGGGGACCGACACCGACUGCAUUCACCACCAGCACACACCCCUCAGCACCGGUGAUGCAUCCCCGCGGCAAGGGCACGGACAACUCCUCUGUAGAGUCGUCUCGACUUUAGAAUGGUGAAGAAAUCUCUCAACGGCGGGGUUUACCCAGCUCAAGCCGGAGAGAAGAAGCACAAAGUCGGCUUUGUCGGAUUGGACCCGGGGGCUCCUGAAUCCAGCAGGGAUGGUGCGCUGCUCAUUGCGGGUUCAGACAGCACCAAGCGGAGCAGCAUCCUCUGCAGACCGAGGUCCAGCAUCUCCGCCGGGAGACCCAGACCGUCGAAGAAAAAUGCCAGCUAUCGGAAACUACAGAAUUUCCUUUAUAAUGCGCUGGAGAGACCGCGGGGAUGGGCGUUCAUCUACCACGCUUAUGUCUUUCUCUUGGUCUUCUCCUGUCUCAUACUGUCAGUUUUUGCCACCAUCAGAGAGUUCAAAAACAGCUCAGAGAGUGCCUUGUACAUCCUGGUAGGUAUCAUUAAUGGACUUGCUGUAAACCUUUGCAUUCACAUCACAGGGUUAACUCCACCAUUUUGGUUUGUUCCACAGGAAAUUGUGACCAUCGUGGUGUUUGGAGUGGAGUACAUUGUAAGGAUAUGGGCUGCUGGCUGCUGUUGUCGAUACAGAGGAUGGAGAGGGAGGCUAAAAUUUGCCAGAAAGCCUUUCUGUGUCAUAGACAUCAUGGUGCUGAUUGCCUCGGUAUCUGUACUGGCAGCUGGAUCUCAGGGCAAUGUUUUUGCCACCUCGGCCAUCAGGAGUCUGAGAUUCCUGCAGAUCCUGCGCAUGCUGCGUAUGGACCGCCGUGGAGGCACCUGGAAGCUGCUUGGAUCUGUAGUUUAUGCCCACAGCAAGGAGCUCAUCACAGCGUGGUACAUAGGCUUCCUUUGUCUUAUCCUGGCUUCAUUCCUGGUCUACUCAGUGGAAAAGGAGUCGAAUGAGGAGUUUGAGACCUAUGCUGAUGCUCUUUGGUGGGGACUGAUCACUCUCACUACCAUUGGUUAUGGCGAUAAGGUUCCCAAGACCUGGAAUGGACGCUUGCUGGCAGCCACAUUUAGCAUGAUUGGAGUGGCCUUCUUUGCACUUCCUGCUGGCAUCCUGGGUUCUGGCUUUGCCCUCAAAGUGCAAGAGCAGCACAGGCAGAAACAUUUUGAGAAGAGACGCAACCCUGCAGCAGGCCUCAUUCAGGCUUCUUGGAGGUUUUAUGCGACCAACCUUUCCCGUACAGAUCUGCUGUGCACUUGGGAUUUUUACGAGCAGACUGUUGCUGUUCCAAUGUACAGACUUAUUCCACCUCUGAAUCAGCUGGACCUGCUGCGGAAUCUGAAGGGCAAGUCAUUCAGGAAGGAGUCUCAAACAGAAACUUCCCCCAGUAAUGAAAAUGCACACAAAGACAGACUUUGCGGGUGCUGUCCGAGAGCUAUUAGUCGAAAGGCCAGCCUGAAGGACAAGGUGUUCCCCAGUCCUUCCAAGGCCCCAGUGGCCAAGGGGAAAGCUCAAUCUCCAGGGGCAGAUGAUGGGGCCGAGGCAAGUCCCAGCAAAGUCGCCAAGAGCUGGAGCUUCACUGAGAAGAACCGAGGGCCAAAGACCGCCUUCAGGGUCCGGGGCAGCACUUCACGCCAAAACUCAGAGGUGCUGAUUGAAAUGCAGGAUGAAGACACUGGACUGAAGAGUUCUCCAGCAAUUGAAGGUUUAAUAAAGGCGAGCCUCCCAGGAGAGGAAAUUGGUGAUGAUAAGAGCUGCCACUGUGAGUUUCUCACUCAAGAAUUACCACCAGGCUUGAGGGUUACAAUAAGGGCAAUCUGCAUCAUGAAGUUUCUGGUGUCAAAGCGGAGGUUCAAAGAGAGCUUGCGGCCUUAUGAUGUCAUGGAUGUGAUUGAGCAGUACUCUGCAGGUCACCUGGACAUGCUGUCUCGCAUUAAGAACCUGCAGUCCAGAGUUGACCAGAUAGUUGGUAAAGGUCCUAAAGCUGAAGGGGAGGUUGCAGAUGACCCGAGCAUGAUGGGACGUCUGGUCAAAGUGGAGAAGCAGGUGGUCUGUAUGGACAGGAAACUUGAUUUCCUGGUCAAUGUGUAUGUGCAGCGUAUGGGCAUCCCUCGUUCGGAAACAGAGGCCUUUUUCAACUCCAAAGAGCCGUAUCCCGCCCCGCCUUACCACAGCCCGGAGGAGAGCAAGCAGGAGAAGGAGGGUAAAGAAGAGGUGAAGGAGGAAAAGGAGAUUCAGACAUGCUCAGCUGCAGAUGUCCCGUGCUCUGAUGGGUCUUUAGAAAAAAAAGAUCCUUUACUGGGUCGCUCUGUGGCGAGAUCAGUGGGUACUCCUUCUGGAAGUCACAGUCGUCCCUCUACCUCCUGGCAGCACCAGCUGCAGCACCCACUCAGCCAGCCUGCCUGGAACAGCAGUGUGGCCAACACACCUUCACCGGUCGGUGGCAACGGCGAUCAUUCGCCCACCCUGUUCCGCCUUCCGCCUCCACCUGCUCCAGUUCACGACCGAUCCUCCUCUGGCCAGGGUGGCAGUGGCAGAGAUAGCUCUCAUAGCAGGAGGCGCCACAGGAGGCAGAGGUGUCAGCAGGAUGCCACUGCCGUAGAGAGCGACACGUCUCUAUCCAUCCCGUCUGUUGACCACGAGGAGCUGGAGCGCUCCUUUAGCGGCUUCAGCAUCUCCCAGGCCAAGGAGGACUUCUUUGGGCCUUCUUUCUUUACAGGCUCAGGAGGGGUUGCUGGAGCAGGGACUGAGGCCGCAGCUGGACAUUCCCUCUGUGCUAGGGUCAGACCCUUCAUAGCAGAGGGAGAAUCAGACACAGACUCUGACCUCUACGCUCCCUCUCCUCUGUCCUUCUCUGGAGAGGUUGCAUCGGGAGACAGGGCAUGGCCAGGACUGAAGUAGGCCUGGAGGGACUGCUCCGCCUGUCAGAGAGGCUCGUGGUGAAAGAGAUCGGUGCUUCAAUUGGCAUCAGGAGACCUAUCAUGAGACCUUGUAGCCAACUGACUGACUGUUGCUGCUGAUGAUGUUAUUACAGACUAUUUUAGGUUAAGUGAAUGGUUAUGAUUAGCAGUUUAUUAGUGAAGAUGGAAAAUGUCCUAAUGAAAACAAAGGGGUGUUACUUUUUGUUUGUGAUGUAACACUUUACAAGCAGUGCUUAAUACCAGUUGCAUUGCAUCCACUAAGAUCUUGUUUAAACAGAAAUAUAGAUGUUUAGGGGCAUUUCUUUGAAGAGACAGUAUACGCCAAAAUAAUAAAUAAAUAAAUAAAUAAAAAUACAUAUUUUUUCUCUUACCCAUAGUGCUAUUUAUCAGUCUUGAGUGUUGGAGAUUUCGGCCGUACUGAUGUCUGCCUUCUCUUGAAUAUAAUGGAACUAGAUGGUACUUGGCUUGUGGUGCUCUAAGCCCCAAUGAAAAAAAAAGAAAGUAAAAAAAAGAAAAAAAAUGAAAAAACCAAUGCCUUUUCCAGAGGUCAUGAUGUGGUUACUGAAAAUAAUCCACAGACCUUUCAUGUAGGAACUAUUUCCUGUUUGCAGAACUACACCUGCCUAACCAUAUCACCACCAAGAAGGAAGUGUGCAUCUACUCAUGGACGAGAGGCUCGUGGUCGUGGCAGUGUGAGAUGUAAACAUUAAUGGCAUCCUCCUCAGCUGAGCUGUAACGUUAGCUAGCUCAGUGAUGCUACGUGAGUUAGCAGUAGAUGCAUGCUUCCUUCUGCAUGGUGAUACAUUUGGUGGGUGUAGUUUGAAAGAAAAUAAUUCCUACAUGAAACUGCUCACAACAAGGUCUGUGGAUUAUCUUGAGUAACCGGGUCCUGAUUUCUGGAAAGAGACAUUGCUGUUGAGUUUUUCAAUUUUAUUUAUUUAUU